AUGACUGAUGCAUACAUCAUUGAUGCCGCGCGCACGCCACGUGGGAUAGGCAAAGCAGGUAAAGGUGCGCUAUCUGAAUUUCAUCCCAGCCGUCUCCUGGCCAAAGUGUUUGAAGGCAUUGCAGAGCGCAACAGCCUGAACACCGAAGACAUUGACGAUGUGGUUGUCGGCUGCAGCUCUCAAGUGGGUAAACAAGGUUCCUGUGUGGGUCGCAUGGCUGCGCUUGACGCUGGCUGGAGCGAAAACGCCAGUGCUGUCACUUUGGACCGUUUCUGUGGCUCGGGCAUCACCUCGGUGAACCUCGCUGCGGCAAAUAUCAUGAGUGGCAUGGACGAGCUCUGUGUUGCCGGUGGCGUUGAGAUGAUGUCGUACACUGCAACCCUCGUGCCUGAAAACAACAACCGUACCGUUGAUGGCGGCAACCUGCAUCUACGUAACCUGCACCCACAGCCUCACCAGGGCAUCUGUGCAGACAUGAUUGCGACCCUUGAAGGCUUCAGCCGUGAAGAUGUAGAUGCGCUGGCCGUAGAAAGCCAAAGACGGGCAAAACAUGCCAUCGAUAACGGCUACUUCGACAAAAGCCUGAUCCCUGUAUUUAACGACGACGGCACGCUGGCUCUGGAUCGCGAAGAAUUUCCACGCCCUGGCACCACCAUGGCGUCGCUGGCUGAACUACGUACGGUGUUUGAUCAGUUCAUGAACGCACCUAUCGACGACACGGGCGAAACUUUUGAUCAACUGGUGAAGCGAGCCUAUCCUGACCUGACCAUCAACCAUGUACAUCACGCGGGAAACAGCUCUGGCGUGGUUGACGGUGCGGCGGCUUUAAUUCUGUCGAGCAAAGCCUACGCAGACAAGGCCGGCUGGAAACCUCGCGCCCGGAUUCGCGCCAUUGCAACUGUGGGUGGCGAUCCAACCUUAAUGCUCAACGAACCGGUACCUGCUGCGCGUAAAGCCCUGGCCCGCGCCGGCAUGACCACCAACGAUAUUGAUCUGUUUGAAGUCAACGAAGCCUUCUCAGUGGUUGCAGCCAAAUUCAUCCGCGACCUGGAACUGGAUCCAGAGAAAGUCAACGUCAAUGGCGGCGCCAUGGCAUUGGGUCACCCGAUUGCAGCCACCGGCUCAAUCCUCAUCGGCACCGUGCUGGAUGAACUGGAACGUCGCGACCUGACAACCGGUCUGGUCACCAUGUGUACCGGCGGUGGUAUGGCCCCUGCCAUCAUCAUCGAUCUAGCCGGCAACGAGGUCACCGAAAUGCUGUUGCUGAAACGCGACGAUGGCCGCAUGAAAACCUAUCUGUAUCGAUCAAAUCUGCUGCUGGCCGAGUUGGGAACCGAAAAUCCCGCAAACCGGGAAGCAGAGAAGAGCCCCCAACAAAUCGCUUACGACGAAAUUGUGGCGCGCUAUCCCAGCUUGUACACCUAUCCACCCUGCUAUGGCAUUCGGCCUUCAAGUUCGAACCUGGUAGGCGAACUGAUGGCGCGGGACAAGAUAGACGUCACCGCGGUAGAGACCCUUGCGGCGCAAUGCGGAGAAAAUUUCUGUCUGGCUCUGGUUGGCAACAAAAUAGCCACCCUUUGCCCGGCGAGCCGUUAG